CUUUUUUUUACUAUUUUUUUACUUGUUUUUUACUUGUUCUUUUGUUUUUUUUUCUCUUUUAUAUACCCUAUUGUAUCAUAAAACCAUGGACUUGACUGACUACGCUGACCACUUUCCAACUUUCUUCACUGGAAAAUCAAUUAAAAAGAAACAAACAAAAAAAAAACUGAAAAAAAAAUCAAUCCAUUAUUCUGAUAUCCACGACUAUGAAAUUUUCGAUCCCCAAAACGACAACAACUCUGAAAUUCAAGACAACAAUGGCAAUUUAACCAUUUACGACAAAGAUGACAACAAAAUUAUCAUAAGGUAUGCCGAUAGACUCUCUUUACCCCAAAACUGUCAAAAAUAUUGGAAACAACGUUAUAGCAUUUUUUCCAAAUUCAACGACAACAUAAGGCUAACCUCAGAACUCUGGUACUCUGUUACUCCAGAAGCAAUUGCAGACUACAUUGCAUCCUACAUAAAGCAGAACUACACUUUCACCACAAAUACUGCUUCUCCACAGAAAACCUCCAUCUUGGACGUUUUUGCUGGUGGUGGAGGAAACUCAAUCCAGUUUGCUUACCACUUUGACAAAGUAAUAGCUAUCGAUAUAAAUUUUGCCAAUUUGUACUGCUUGAAACAAAAUUCAAAAGUCUACCAAAUCAAUGAAAAGAUUGAAACCAUCCAAAAAGAUUGGUCUCAAAUCAAUGAUGCAUAUCUACUCAGCUUGAAAAAAGACUACAAUAUCAACUUUAUAUUUGCAAGUCCUCCCUGGGGUGGUCCAGAAUAUUUAAACAAAGAUACCUUUGAUUUACAAAACGAUUUGAAACCAUUUUCCCUAACUGAUCUUUUAAGUGGUUUUCUCAAAAUAACAAAAAAUAUAGGCUUGUUCUUACCUAGAAACUCAGAUUUGAAUCAAUUGAAUCAAAUAACAAAGGAUUUGUUUGGUGAAAAUUCAAACUGUUUUGUAGCCAAAAUCAGCUUAAGAACAAGAACUAAAGGGUAUUGUUGUUUUUGGUGUUGAAUUGAUUUAUUAUUAUGUAUUAAUUUAUAUUUUAAACCCUUAUGGGUUGUUUUUUUUGUCAUAUAGCAUUGCUGAAACAAAAUAUAUAUAGUAUACAUAUCUAG